AUGGCAGCCCCAAAGAUUCCUCUGCAAAUGCGAGCAGCACAGAUAUCAGAAUACAAUAAACCAUAUGAGCUUGUCGAGAGGCAAAUGCCGUCCAUUGGCGACAGCGAACUACUUAUCAGAGUUUAUGCAGCUGGAUUCUGCCACUCAGAUUUACAAGUUCUACAGGGACAGUUCAAUUCGCCCUUGGGCAUGAUUCCGUCUCAUGAACCUGCCGGCAUCAUCGUUCAAGUUGGUAAAGAUUGCAGUCAGAGCUGGAAGAUCGGCGAUCGAGUUGGUGCUCUCAACUACAAGAACUCAUGCGGCAAAUGCAGUGGCUGCGGUCUGACAAAGCGUAAAACCCAUCGACUAGACCCCAGGUUCUGCGAAAAGCGACAGACUGCCGGCUUCCAUCAUGACGGGGCGUUUGCGGAAUAUCUCGCCAUAGACCCCGAGACCACCGUCAAUCUGCCACCAUCUCUGCCAUUCGAACAAGCAGCGCCAUUGAUGUGUGCUGGCGCGACAGUCUGGGGCUCGUUAGAAAAGGCAACAUCGGGGCUGAGUUCAGGAGAGACUGUAGCCAUUGUCGGCAUCGGAGGCCUCGGCCAUCUCGGCUUACAAUUUGCCAGUGCAAUGGGCUACCGGACUAUAGCGGUUGACAGUCGACCAGCAGGAAGGCAGCUCGCUACCGAGAUGUCUAACGAGAGUCUGAGACCUGAACUGGUAGUAGAUUCUGGCUCAGAGAGCGCGACCACUCAAAUCAUGGACUUCACCAAUGGGGAGGGGGUGGCCGCGGUGGUGGUUUGCACAGACUCUCUGUCGGCCAACAAUUGGGCUUUGACACUCUUACGAAUUGGAGGCGUUAUGGGAGUCCUGGGCUUGCCUGCUGAGAGUUGGAGGUUCGACUCUGGAGUAAUCGUUUUCAGAGAACUCACGAUUCGGGGAAGCUAUGUCGCCAGUACGGAAUCUACCGAAAGGAUGAUGGAGGCCGUGGAGCGAGCCAACAUCAGAUCCCAGAUCACUUUGAUGUCAUUCGACGAGAUCCCAAGCAUUGUCGCAGCGUAUCAGGACAGCGGGUUCAAAGGCAGGCUAGUGGUGCGCAUAGCAGACUGA